UAAUGUUCGCUGUCUGCUUCCACUUCCUGGUAUGGGCUGCUCUUCCCGAUUAUCCUGAUACUCGACACAGUCCCGGGCCUCUCCGUGAUUGUUAUUGUAGUUUGUUGUCAUUUACUCAUUUUAGGAUUUCAGCAUGGUUGUUAAGGACGUGUGAUUUCUGUGGAUUAGUGUAUGCAAGAUGUUUAAGAAGGAGAACUUGCGAAAGAACUUCCUCCGAGUGAAGCAGAAUAUAGAUCAAAAUCUUGGAAGAGCUGAGAAGUCGGAGGUUCUGUCCGAAGACCAGCAGGAGAAUGAGAAGAGAGUGGAAGUGGUCAAGCAUGCCGUCCAGAACAUUGUCAAGAAGGCGGGGGCUGUGCUACAGGCCCCGGGAACGGACUAUGACAAGAGGCUUAAAAAGUUGCCAGAGACUGGUCUUGGCCAUGCCAUGAUUGAGUCAGCACAGAAUCUGGGACCAGAGACCUUGAUGGGAUCUGCAUGCCAGAUAUGUGGGGAGUGUCAGAUUGACCUAGCCCGGGAGCAAGUUCACUUUGAGACCACCGUGGAAACAGAGUUCUUGGCUCCUCUUCAGAACAUUGUUGAUGUUGAAAUACCCAGCAUAAUUAAAUUCAGAAAAGCAUUGAACAAAUCAACGUUGGAUAUGGAUUCUGCUAAGAACAGGUUCAAUCAGGCAGUUCGCCAGUCCAGCGCUCCUGGUGCUAACAUGGCUAAUGCGGCGGCCAAAGCAGAUGUGAUCAAGGAGGAAAUGGAGGAAGCAUCUCAAAAAGUGGAACACAUAAGGGAUAGCUUGUCAAUAGAAUUGUGCAAUUUUGCUGCUAAAGAAAGUGAGCACAGUUGUAAGCUGCUUGCUUUUCUGGAGGCUCAGGCAGCUUACCACAAGAAAGCUUUAGAAAUCAUUGAGGAUUGUAUACCUCAGAUGCGUGUUGCAAUACAAAAUUCUCCUGCCAAACCGUGUUAUGGAAUGCCCCUGGAGGAGCAUCUCCGUGUCAUGUGUCGUGAUAUAGCCGUUGUGUUAGAGGCCUGUGUGCUCACCCUGCUGGAGAUAGGGAUGGAGGAGGAGGGAUUGUUCAGAAUAGCUGGUGCAGCCAUCAAGCUGAAGAAGUUAAAGGCCAGCUUUGAUGCAAAUGCUGUGGACAUGGCUGAAUUUGGCAAUGAUCCCCACACAGUUGCUGGUGCCUUGAAGCAGUAUCUGCGAGAGUUGCCGGAACCUUUGCUCACCUACGCAUUAUAUGAUGAAUUCAUGCAGGCUGUUGGCUUGCCCCAGGAUCAACGUCUGCAAACUUUGUGGGUUGUGAUAAACAAACUGCCCAAAGCCAACUAUAACAAUUUUAGGUAUUUGAUCAAGUUCCUUGCCAAACUAGCUGAGAAGAGCGACAUUAACAAGAUGAAGCCGAGCAACAUUGCCAUUGUGAUUGGUCCAAACCUGUUGUGGUCCGAGAAAAACAGCGCACCAAACAUGCUGACGACGGGGACCCUGAGCGCACUUUUGGAGGCUGUUGUUUCCCACGCAGAUUGGUUUUUCCCUGGUGCUUUUGAUUUUCACUUGACGGGUCACGGGAGUUCCCCUAGGCCUUGUAGAGAAGAACCAGCUUCCUCUAGCUUCUCUUUUCCCAACAAGAACCCUCAGCAAAAGCUUAAAGAUGCUGCCGAAGGAGCAGCGGGUAGUAGUGCAAAUGAUAAAGCCCGAAACGUUUCCGCUGCUGGAAGAACAGACCAUGACUUAGAGGAGAACGCGAGCUUUGAAAGUAUUAAGAUGUCAACAAGUGACAAUGGCAGUAUUGACCAACUCACAGAGCUUGAGAACACCCAAAAAGGGGCGAAUCAAAAAGUGAGCACCAAAGGCAAGGGAAGCAAUAAUGACGAUGAUGAUGAUGAUGACAGCAGUCUGGAUGAGUACAAUCCCUUUUCGGAGAAGUUUGACGCUAAGGCUGCGACGCGCUCCGAGUCCAGCCCUAAGACAGAGAGUAAGGAGAAAGGUGAAAAGCUUUCUUCCACGUCUGGCUUGAUGCUUGGUGGUAGAAGCCGUGGCGAUGGCCACUUAGCAGCACCCAAUAGUACUAACACCGGUGACUAUGACAAUAUUGUCUAUACUCUUAACCCCAACCACCCUUACUAUAACAAUAGGUGCAGUACACUGGGUAGGUCUAGUAUGCUUAGUGGGAACAAGUCUUCUUUGAGGGGGAGCGCGGAUAAUCUUGUUAACGGUGACAAACAAGCUGGCCCCGUCCCCAUCCCUCCGUCGCGGCCAUCUCGCCAGUACAAGAGAGUGUCCCCCCUGAUGUCUGAAAGUGUCCCUAGGUCCGGUUCUCAGUCCCCGCUGUCGUCUAGCAACUCGGCCAUCUAUCAACCCAGUGCCCGGCAGCCUAACGCUAGAUACUUCACUGGGUCUACCCCAAAUAUUAGCUUAUUAUCUCUAGCCAAAGGCGAGGAGGACCCCAAUAUAGGUUACACUGGGUCAGCUUCAUGGAAUCGGCCAAACCAAAGGCCUGGAGAGUAUCAUUCUCUGAAGAGAGGUUCAGAACCUUGCAUUGUAGCUCCCCCACCCCAGUUUGGUAGCCAGAGUAGUAGUGCUAGCUUUAGCCACCAUCAGAGGCCCCUUCAAGUGUCAAGGUCCCAGCUGGGCGCUGCUCCACUCCAGCCUGAUUCUAUUGGCACUGGUGCCUCAUCUACAGAGGCAUCGCAAGUCCCGCGAUCAUCCAGUUAUGGAGAUAUGAUGACGACCCAGCCCGGCAUGACGAAAUCUCAGCAGUCUACCAGCCAUAUGGUUCCCAAACGCGACUACAUGGCCUCUUUUAGUGCAGGGCAGGUUAGCGAUCCUCCAGUGGACAAGAGCUUCCACCAAGAUGCCUACAGCACUGCUUUUGCCUUAGCUUCUUUAGGAGCAGGGGAGACGUCUUCAGACUACAUGACCCGUGUCCGAGCCAUGUGGGAUGACCGCCACUCCCAGGCUCCGCCCACUCAGUCGGACAUUGCUCCAGAGACAUACAAUAAAAACGAAACUCCAGCUAGGCCUCAGUUUGAUGCGAAAAGGAAACAAGGGGCAGCAGUGGGCAGAAAACCUAUGUCCUCCUCCUCUUCCACAAGUCAGCAGUUCAAAGGCCCUCGACCCUUCCCUUUGGAUACUGAAUUUUAUAACCAAAUCCCCGGUAGCCAACAAAAGCCCAAGGAAGUGCAUCAAGCAUCAGCACAUAAUCACAAAUCAGAGCUGGACUUCACCAACGUUGGGUACUUGUACGAGGAUGACCAGGAAGGGGCCGUGCCCAACCAGGCAGACCAGGGCCAGGGCAGUAUGGAAGCCCUCAGUGUCCAGAUUGCACCUGCCAACUCUGCUGCGAGUUACCAGCCAAGUCCUGGGAUGUCCCCAACCAACACCUCUUCCACUGGUAGUUUACCUGUGCCUUCUGACAGCCCGGAGACAUCGAGCCCCCUGCUGAGACGCAUCACACGAAAGCCAGCACCGCCCCCUCCCCCUGAACGCCCCUUCACCGUCAUGGUAACGGCAGCCACCGCGGGUACCGCUGGGAGGCCCGCCACAGGCAGCGACAGUGGUGCUGGAGGUGUCAGUGUCACACCGGCCAUCAACAUCAACUACAGCAACAACGGUAGUGGUGGUGGUGGCGCUGGGAACGGCCUGUCGCAGCAGCAACAACAGCAGCAGCAGCAGCAGGCGGUGCGAACCGCGCCUCUGGCCUCCCCUGAAUCCCCCUCAGAGUACCAGUCCCAGUCCUCCUCGGUCCCGUUUGUACAAGACAGAGACAGACUAAAGUCCUGGUACGGGCAGGCGCCGUCCUCCGUUUCUUCCUCCCUCUCCUCCUCCUCGGCCAGUAACCGACCUUCAGUCCCUCCACCUGAGAGACCGGGUCAAGCACCGCCGGAACGGCCAAAACUCCCACCAGCCUUGAACCCUCCGGCGGGAAGAGGUCACCAGAGGUCGGCGUCCACUGGGGCGAUGGUCAACCCGCAGGUGGCGGUGUUGCCCGGUAACAACAACAACAACAGCAACAGCAGCUGCGGUGUGCCCAAUGCAGCUGAGGAUUUUCUUCAUAAUCACUUCAGAGAUAGACUUGGACAAUCUGCAAGCCACUGAGUUGUGACCAAAUGGUAAAAAUCAAACAACCAGCUGUGGUGGACAAAGGGGUUUUUGUUUUCUUCAUUUUUUUUAAACAAUAAAUUUUUGACACCCAUGAUUUUGAUUUCUUUGUGGGUUCAGGAACAAGAUGUCACUCACCAAAUAAUUGCCUAUUUUUGUUUGUUUGUUUGUUUUUCCUUUUUUAACACUUCCGUUUAUUGUUUUUAUGGUUUGUGUCUGAUUGAAAUGUGCAUGGCAUGGUUUAUUAGUAAGUAUUUAUGAGUAAGAGCGUUGAACUGAGCUGAAAUUUAAGCAGAGUUAGAGGUGGUCUCUUUUUUUUAAAAUUGUUACCGAGGAUGGAAUAAAAUCAUCUUGUUGUACAGACUGCUCAUUUUCUGAUGUGAUUUUAAAAAUAAUUACAUCAGUCUCUAUUUGCGUUGGCGUUGUUGAUAUGAACAGACUGUACUUUGCAUGAGGAUGUAACUCUCCACUUGAAGCAAUAACUGCCUUGUGAUUAUACUACUGACAAAAGUUCACUGUGUUUUACAGUAGUAAAUUGAAGUUGACAUCGUUAAUUAAACACAAUCUAAAAGCUGAUGCCAAUUUGAACAUAAGGUUAAUGGAUAUGUUUUCAAGAUAGUCAUAAGAAACUGCCCAAACAAAUGCUUUUAGAUGACAGUAGCUAGUUGCCGGCUUUUGCAACUGAGCUUUUAAUUUGAUGGGAAACCAGGAAUAGAUAUACAUAGUUACAGGCAGAAUUAUGAGGUUCUGCUUUCUGUUUUAAAGAUGAAAAAGUUAGUGUUUUUACUUGCUUCAGUGUGCGCAUAACCUCUUCCCAUACACAACACUUAUGCAGUUGACAACACUUAUGCAGUUGUGAGGGCCGUAAAACCUCUACUAACACUAAAACAAAACAUACACGACAACAGUUUACCCAGUAGUUAAUGAGAUACAUUAUGUCUACCUGACUUCACGAACCCCUGCAACAGACAUUGGUUGUCCCUGAUAUACUGAAACAAAGUUUUCAAGCCUGUAGUAUGCUAAACUAUACGGCUCAAGGUGGCACAAGAUUUAUUUAUUGUCUUCCGUCAUGAUACGUGCUACGUGCUGGAUCAAAUCUGAUGGAGGUUCACUCAACUGUCUCAGCGUAUGCACAGUUGCCUACUCUGAAAACUAGUCGGAACAAUGUAAACAACGAAAGAUACAUUGAACAUAAAGACAAAUGUAAGAUAGAACUUGAAGUGUGUACCUGAAAAAUCCUACUUUUGUUUCUCUCUGGACUAACUUUUAGUAUGUUGGUAUUUUUCUAAAUCGGGAAUAAUUUUCUGUAAUACUGUUACAUGUCGAAGAACUAUAACUCUUAGGCCUUAAUACAUUCUUUGUGUCUAUUCUCUUAUAGUAUACACAAAGUAAUUUUUCUCUUUAUUUUUUCGCUAAAUUGCUACGUAGUUUCUCAAUUUGUUUUGUCUUAAUGGUGAGAGUUUCCACAUUGUAAUGAUGCACGUAUUAUGCUUUUCUAAAAAUGUCAUUACUAGAUAAUACAAUUUAUUUUAACAUUGACCUGACUCUGUAGUUCAAAAAGUCACUCUCAUCCUUUUUGUUUUGGUGGGUUUUUGUGUUUGUUUUUUGUUACUGACUUUACUGAAGGGGUCUGUGGAAUAUUGAUGGCAAAAGUUAUGAAUCAUAUUCAUUAUAAAUGUCUGUCCCGUUUAUAAAAGUCAAAUUUCUUAGUUUUGUAAAUGUGUUGAAGAUCUCAUUCAUCAAACACAAUUUCGAUUCAGAUGGACCCAAAGAAACACAUUGGUUUGAGUGUUUUUCUAAAUCCUUUCCUCUUAAUGACAGUCCAGAGGAGCUCUGGCUGGAUUUGCCUUAUGCUCUUCUGUCAUAGAAUUUUUUAUAUUGGAUGUUGACUCUGUCGUUCCCUUGUGGCAGAAUAUCGUUGACACCAUGUGUAUAUAAUAUUAAUAUAAUGCUUGACUUGGUGUGAAGAUAUGUCAAUGAGUUGAGCGAAAGUGCUGAAUCUCGGUUUUUCUUUGGUUAUUUUUUUUUUUAACCUGGUCUGAAAAUAAGUAUCAAUGGCUCAUGCUCGAUUUCUUAUUGAUGCUUUUAAUCACGAGCUCUUGUGGUGCUGUCAAGUUGUCAGUUGUUUGAUAAAUGCCUCUCUAGCUUUUGUUGCAUUUGUACUUUGGCUUUUGGCUUCUUUUAGACCUCCCAUUGGCAGACACACACUUCUUGCCGCAACAAAAAGAAACUUGGUCUUCCCUUUCUGGAAGAUCAUACGUAUAAAUACUACAUGUUGUAUUUACCAGCGUAGGAAUCGCUAUAGGAAUAAAGCAUUUUUCGACACCUAUUUAAAGACGUAAAUGAAUUGAUGUUUACUUCAAGAAAAGCUUGUCCCAACACUUGGAGCUAUGUAGUCUUGUACAGAAUAAGAUUAUUAUUUUUUCAUAGUCUGUGGAUAUCCUUGGAGCAUGUAUGAGCAAUUGAUUUUACCUUCUCUUCAGCGGUUGCUUUUGAUUGGUAUAUAUCUAUUUUAUGUGCGUUUGUUUGGGGAUGUGAACAGAUUCUGGGUUGGUUUUUUUUUGGGGGGGGGUGUUCCUUUCUUUUUUUCUUUUUUUUUUAAGAACAAAUGAGUGAGAGAAAGAGGACUGUGCGGAGGGAUGCUAAUUUUUUUCAUCUGAUAUUUAUCCAAUCAUCAUCAACAUGAUGUUCUGCUGUGGAUGUCUUUUUCAAACAAAAAGAUUUCACUUCUAUUUCGCGCUCAUGAAUAAUUUGCUAAGGCUUACAUGACUAAGAGAAGAACCCUUUUGUAUGACUUGUAUCAUUUCUGAUUAAAUUAUUUUGUUAGUUUUCUUGAAAUCUGUACAUAGCCAUAUUUUCGAUUGGCCUCUUUGGGAUGAGAAAGUGAGGGAGAGAGGGGAUGUGUUGCAUUUGUCUAUCUGUGCUGCUGGUUGUUUGGGUUUUUUUUCCACUCUUUCUCUCCAACUUCGCCUCUUCCCAGCCUUUGAAAAGCAUUGAUUCAUAUUCAAUCUACUUUGUACAUCAAUUAUUAUACAUGUCUGAAAUUUGUUUUAAGACAUUUCAUAGCCUCGUGUGCAAUUGAAUAGCCAACUUGUAAUCAGCGCGCCUCAGCAAUUUAUACUUUGGGCAAACAUUUUUGGCCUUUGUAAAUGUCUUGAUGUGACUUACACAAUGAUGCUUAUAAUAAUGUUUUAUUGUAUUAUAAUUUGUGUCCAUCAUUCUACUUUUGUCGCUUGUAAUGGUUUCUCUUAUUUUUCUGUGAUCAAAUGUCCAUGGUUGCUGAUUUUGGGACAAUCAUGUCUGCUGUAGCUAUAUUUUAAGUUGCUUCUGUUACUUUUUGGGCUGCUGGCUUGUGGCCUUAGUAGUUAUGAGCGGGAUCCGGUUAGCAAGAGGAAACAAGAGAUUGUAUGUCUUCAUGAAUUGGUGGCCAGAAUUUUUUGGGUAAAAAAAAAAAAUAAUGUUCCUGAUUGGAUUUCUGAAAAUUGUCAAGUAUUCUUAUAGAGUAGAGGCAAGGGAUGGAUGGCUCCACUCUGGAAGUAACCAGCAGGGUAGGUUGGUUGGGGGGGAUGGCUGUAGAUUGACUACAUUUAAUUUUAGAAAGUGACACAAAAUGAAACACGAAACAUUGCUGUCUAAGGGAACUGCUAAGUGUUUGCUAAAAAUCUGAUUAUAGAGAUAUUGAGAGAGAGAGAGGGAGAGAGUGUACGUGUGUGUGUGAGUGAAAGAGAGAGAGAGAGUGUGUAAAGGAAAGGCAAAACAAAAGAAGACACGACUCUUGGGCCCGCCCCAUCGUGCUGCGUAGAUGCCAGUCAGAACAGACUCCGGUGCACACAGGGAGACACUCACUCUCCUCCUGCCCGCCCAACCACCAUUGGUGUUCUGAAGCUGUCUCUGUAAGACCUUAGCACUUCAUCAUUCUCUUGUUCUUACAACUUAGCUCUGGCUUUCUCUCUGAAGCUGUCUCUGGAAGACCUUAGCACCUCGUCAUUCUUCUGUCCUCAUAACUUGGCUCUGGCUUUCUCUCCGCACUGUUGGAGGGCUUGGCUACUAUACAUUGCCAUUCGCAGCCAUCCCCUGCUCCCCUCACCUUUCCCCAUCCAUACUUUUUUGGGUUUUGCUUUUCCCCAAAAGACCUGCGCCUGUAGUGUAGAAUCGAUAAUGCAUUGCGCUGCAAAAAAAACCCAAAAAAACUGGGAGUUUGAUUCUUGUGUGGGGAAGUCUAUUUCAUACUUUCUACUGGGGUGUUGUAUCCCACUUUGACCGGGUCAGCCCUGACAGGAUGGGUCAAACUACGAAGUAGCCCGUCUCCUAAACCAUCAGUCAUUUUACUGGGGGUGUAAAAAUCAGUAUUUAUUUUGAGUUGUAAGGUUUAGCCUGGCCUCAUCGAUGUUGAUCUGUAUUAAUGAGAAUGGGCAGUUUGUCUUGGGCCCAGGGUUUAAAAAGAAAAUAAUUAAUUGAAUUCUGACCAUGCAUUGCAGGUUAUUCAAUAAUAGCCAUUGCAAGUUUUAAUUUUUGACUGGAUUUUUAAAAAAAAUUUAAAAUAGGAAAUUGAAGCUGUUUCAAAUGUUCGCAGAUCAGAUUUUAAAUAGGGUUUUGCAAGUUGCUCAUGAUGCCUUAUUGUUAUUAUUAUUAUUAUUAUUAUACAAAAAAUUUCUUUCUUUUUUUAAAAAUAACAGCUUUCUAAGUCAACAAAUGUGAGUCAUAAAUAACUUUUUCCAGCGACAUUUUUUUUGGGUGAGUUUGUAAAUUUAAAGUACGGUACUGAUAUACUAUCACUGUCAAAUAUCCCCCCGCCCCGCCCUCUACCUCCCCCCCCCCCCUGCCUUCAGAGCUGAAUGAGGACCAUAAUAAUGAUGCAUUUAUUUUUCUUUUUUUUUUUUUUUUUCCAAAUUCUGUUUUCUCUUAUGCUUACAUAGAUUCGGGUCAAGAUAUUGUGACAGCAUUGUGUCCAUGUGAGGUGGAUAUUUUAAGUUUAUGCAUAUUUCCCUUUGCAUAUAAUAUGCUUCUACAUUUAUUUUUUUUGUACAUCACGUGUAUUGUUUCUCAGUUGGAUGUCUUUUAGCGCUUUACACUUCUGUAAUAAUUGAGUACUGAGCAUGUAGAACAUAAUGAAUAAACAAUUAAGUGAAAAGAGCAAA